AGAGGAAAAUGAAUGUUUUUGCGAUGAAAAAAUCAUGUUCUUCUGAGGCUUCUAGCAUAUCAGCAACCUCAGAAGAAUCUCAUGAAAUCGUCACAAAAACGAAAAAGAUGAAAGAAAAAUUUGUGGAAGGCUCACAGUUGAAGCAACAUGAAUCAUCAUCUGCUGGUGUACUUGUUGAUCUUAAAGUCCACAACAACAACAACAUUAAUACUAAUUGUUCGAAUCUUGAACUCAAACUUUUCAAUUCAACUCCAGCUCGUGCUAGUGAGUCUUCCAACGAAGCAACACCCAAACAGAGGUGUUCUUCGGAUGCUAGGACUUUCUCUUGUAGCUUUUGCAAGAGAGAAUUCUCCACCUCCCAAGCUCUAGGGGGACACCAGAACGCUCACAAACAAGAGCGAGCUUUGGCUAAAAGACGAAAUGGACUUGUUGAUGUUGUUUCGUCUUUUGGCCCUCCUAAUUAUCACCCCUACUAUAAUCCCUACUCGAGUUUCAACUCACACAUACCAUUUCAUACUUCUUUUCCAACCCGAUCAUCUCUUGGUGUUCAAGGAGAUUCUUCCAUGAUUCAUAAGCCUACUUCCUAUCCAACAUGGCCAUUUUUUUCGGGCUACAAUUUUCGAUUGAACCCUGAGAAAUGGUCGUCGUCAUCAUCAAGCUCAUCAUUUUUUAGGACAGAAAAUGUCCUAGGAAAUAAUAUGCUUAGUGCUUCUUUGGAGAAUUCUUAUUUUGAGAACAAAAUCAAUUUAAUGAAUUCACCAAUCAAUCUUGACGAUAGUCUUGAUGGAAAUAAUCAUACAAAGAUUGGAUUGGGAAAGGAGGAAGCAAAAAGGAAUAAUGAAGAAGAAGAAGAAUCAAAGCUUGAUUUGAAUCUUAGGCUUUAAUUUAAUUUG